UCACUGUGCGCUGGUGACGUGUGGCGUCUGGGAGCUGUCCCAGGAAUAAUGGUGCUGAAGCUGCAGCAUCGAUUCAGCAGCCAAUGAUCGCAGGAGAAUCCGGGGCUACGGAUGCUUUCACCCGGAGCAGGACGGUCCGACACUCUGCUUGGAUUUUAACCGAGGUGUACGUUAACCCAUCGGCUUGUUCCUGGCACAUGGGGACUCCAUAAUUUGGGACGUAUGGCUUCAUAUAGAUAUGCCAGCAACCUGCAGUCUGGCUAGAUACCCAUAAUAAUAAAAAAAAAAAUCCUGAAACUGUGAAUAUAGAAAACGCUGUCGCUGACCAGCUGCUACAUUCGCUGAACUUAAUGGCUUCAGACACUUGUUUGCAUCGAUGGGAUUUAUUUGCCUUUUGGAUUUUGGAGGACAAUAAAAGUCAGAUGCUACAGUUAAACUAAAGGAAAAAGACCCUCCUCCAGCCUUUACACACAAUCCCACAGCGUAUAUGAAGGAGUGCUUUCUCAUGACGGGGACACAUACAGUGCAUGCUGUUUUCUUCCAGCAGCACCUUUGCACGGUGCCGUGACUUUCUGGCCGCAGAUAGCUCGAUGCAGCGCAGCCGGGGAAUGUUGAAGAGCCGCUGCUGCGUCCUGCUCGGUGACCUGAGGCUGCUGCUGCUCGGGCCACCACCACCGCCGACAUCGCUGACCCCGAUGAGCGGCCAAACCGCGGAGAGCCAUGAGACAGGCGUCGCCGUUCCCGACAACAACAACACGUUAACGCGGAGCCACCAGCGCUCAGGGGACCGGACUGCCUCACCUGCGCCGGGGGCCACGGGGCCAUCGGGUGGAGAGCGACCAGCGGCGGGCUGGGUGGAUGCUGCAGAGCUGUCGGCCGCCCUGCGCGUCUGCAGCAGCUCGUCCGACGACUGCUCCAAAGGCAAACUGGAGGAGAGGUUCUCCCUUACCAGUUACACGGAGAGUGGCUUCAGGACGCCCGUGUGCAGAAUCUGCUUCCAGGGACCAGAACAUGGGGAGCUCCUGAGCCCAUGUCGGUGCUGCGGGUCAGUGCGCUGCACGCACCAGCCCUGCCUCAUCAAGUGGAUCAGUGAGAGGGGGUCAUGGGCCUGUGAGCUCUGCUACUACAAAUAUCAGGUCAUUGCCAUCAGCACCAAGAACCCUCUACAGUGGCAGGCUAUCUCCCUGACAGUGAUAGAGAAAGUGCAGAUAGCAGCAGCCAUCUUGGGCUCACUGUUCCUGAUGGCCAGUAUCUCCUGGCUGGUGUGGUCGUCCUUUAGCCCGUCGGCCCGCUGGCAGCGACAAGAUCUGCUUUUCCAGAUCUGCUACGGCAUGUACGGCUUCAUGGAUGUCGUGUGCAUCGCUCUAAUUGUCCACGAGGGACCUUCCGUGUUUCGUAUCUUCCACCGGUGGCAGGCGGUGAACCAGCAGUGGAAGGUCUUGAAUUAUAAUAAGUCAAUGGACAGCGAUGACCUGAAGAAUACCACUGUGGACAGGACUGUGUCCCAGCCCACCGAGGGCUAUCAGACUGGGAUAGGAGUGUCCACCUCCACCUCCUCCCUGAUGGUGGUAGCCUCCACAGCCGCCGGCUCCACUUCCACAGAUGUGGUGACAACCACAGGAGGACUGGGAACGCACGUAGAUCCCAACAGUGGCAGCGCAGUGUCGGACCCACACUGUUCCUACAACAUCCUCCACCUCCUCAGCCAACUGAGGCAGCCGGAGCCACGCAGCCAAUCCAGCAAUAGUUCACGAGAGCUGGUCAUGCGAGUUACUACAGUCUAAAAGAGGAAAAUAAGGCCUUAUGUCACACGGACGUGAAAGAUUUACAAACCAGCUGACAGUUGAGAAGAAAAAAACAACAACCCUAACUGCACUGGAUUAAUACAAUGUUCUUGUUUGUUUCAAAAUGCAUCUCUGCUGUCCUUACGUGGAUUGAAUAAAAGUCAAAAUUGUUUGAUUU